AUUAUCAUUAUUAUCAUUUGGGGUCACAACACUGAAUUCGGCAAUUUGGCCGCAGAAUAGUGAAUUAUGCCAUUUGGGGAGGCGAUAGGAAAUCCUGCCAUUUUAGGGGCUCAAUAGUAAAUUCAGGGAUUUAGGGGCGCCGUGGUGAAUUUUGCAAUUUGGGGCCACAGUCACGAAAUCUGAGGGCGCAAUAGUAAAUCCUGCCAUUUGGGGGCACAAUACUGAAUUUUGCUGUUUGUGGGAGCAAUAGUAAAUUGUGAAAUUCGGGGAGGCAAUAGUAAAUCUUGCCAUUUGGGGGCACAAUACUGUAGUAAAUUCUGCAAUUUGGGGGUGCAAUUGGAAAUGCUGCCACUUGGGGGCAGCAACAGUCAAUUCUGUCAUUCUUAAAGCAUUUGGGGGCACAAUAGUAGGAAUGAAAUCCUAAAGCUAAUCCAUCAAUGGAAACUUUGGUCUUUCCAAAGACUAAUAAUGCCCUUUGACUGCCCUGGCUCAAUGCUCUGGACUCAGCCUUCCCUGGUCCCCAAACUACAAAUCCCAGGAGUCCAUAGCACUCCAAAGUGCGUCAAUUCCUGCCCUGCAGAGAUGCGCCUUUCCUUUCUCAGAGCCACUUACGGUACCGUAUUGUUUCUAGUAGGAGCGCACGACAAAAAGACUUGGAACAAAGUUGCUCUGCCUGUGACGUCACUGGGAGGAGGCGGGGCAAAUUCCAAGAGAUGGAAGGGAAAAAGCAAAAAGAAAAAGCAACCAAUGGGAGGGCUGGGAAGGGAUGACGCAAGCAGUGUCUAGGGUGGAGCCCUGGGCAGCAAUUGCAGCAGAUCAGAAGAGCUUUUGCAAGCAGCAAGGAAGCAGCCAGAUGGAGGGGGACAGGCUCGCCGUACCCCAAAACAUCGGGGACCGGUCGCAACGGAGUAGCAUCUCUUCCGCCGGACCCCGAAACCACGAUGUGCUGGUGUACCUUGUGGAUGACACGGUGGUGCGUUUAACGGUGGACAACUUGCCGUCGGUCACGGCGCAAGAGUUGCACCGGAUCGUGUUGGAGAUGCUGCGGCUGCCCGAAUAUGCCCAGGACGUCUUUGCGUUAUGGCUGGUCUCUCCCAUGCUUGAGCUGCAGCUGAAGCCGAAGCACCAGCCGUACAAACUCUGCCGGCAAUGGCAGGAGCUCCUUUUCCGCUUCACCGCUUGCUCCGGAGAGGAGAUCCUCGAAGAUGAGCCAUCGCUUCAGUUCCGGAGAGACAUCUUUUUCCCAAGAAGGAAGGAAGCGCAGAUCCAGGAUGAAGAUGUUCUGCGGCUCAUGUAUGAAGAGGCCAAGUACAACAUCCUGGAAGGGCGGUACCCCUGCGACCUGGCGGACUGCGAAGAGUUGGGCGCCUUGAUAUGCCGAGUGAACCUGGGGCCCUAUGACGCCAGACAGCACACGCCGUGUUUCUUGAAAGAGAGGUUGGAGUCCUUCCUUCCCUCCCAUCUUUGCCGCAGAGGACACGGCCUUCUCUCCGCUUUGUGGAAACGGGGGGCCACCCAGCCGCCGGCCGACGAACAGGGCUUGCUGCGGGCGUACCGCCAGAUGCCCGAGGAGGACGGCGCUGCCUGUGAGGACCGCGCAGCUCUGCUCAAACUGUACCGGACCUAUCUCCAGAAGUGCCACGAGUUGCCUUACUACGGGUGUGCCUUUUUCGCUGGCGAAAUCGACAAGCCGGCCCAAAGCUUGCUUCACCGAGGCGGCCGUAAAGCCGUGACGGUGGCCAUCAGCCUGGAAGGCGUCUACAUUAUCGACAGCAAAGAAAAGCACGUCUUGCUGGGCCUGCGGUUCCAGGAACUUUCGUGGGAUCAUACAUUCCCAAGCGAGGAGGAACACAUCCUAUGGUUGGAGUUUGACGGAGAGAACGAAGGCACCCCAGUCAACAAGUUACUCAAAGUCUACUCCAAACAGGCCGAACUCAUGAGCAGCCUGAUUGAGUAUUGCAUUGAGCUGAAUGCGUCUUCGGAGGGAUUGGAUCAGGACCCCAUUGCCAGAGAAGCCCCCCAUUCUUCCAAAGCCCAGAGCCCCCCGUCCGACAGGCGGCACCCCAAACUGCAACGGCAGAACAGCGUCAUUUGCAGCCGCAUCCAGCACCUUUCAACCAUCGACUACGUCGAGGAAGGAAAAGAGAUCAAGAGGGUCAAGCCCCGCCGGACGACCUCUUUCUUCGGGCGCCAGCUUUCCAACAUGCCCACCUCCUACUCUGCCGUGCGGGCGGCCGAAAACCUGGAGCAAGGCUGACGCCUUUUGGGCGGCGCAGAAAUAUAAAUGGGACCAAAGUGACCUUGCUUUGCAAUGGAAGCUGAAUCGCCAACAUCUUGGUUAUCCGUCUCUUUUCUUUCUCUCUCUCAAAGUUGGAUCAGAUCAUCUCAAGUCGGCAAGUUCCAAAGCUUGGGAAAAUCAUGUUUUUGGACAAAUAAGCUCAAAGGUUCUGGGUACAUUUGUCCAAAAAAGGGUCAUUUUCCCAAGCUCUGGUUUAUUUUGUGACCCUCUUGUCCAUCCUGGUUUGUGCCAAGCUUGGAUCGCCUUGUUCUCCGUUAUGGACAUUCCUUUCCAUUAUUUUCCAUCCCUCGAUCCCCAAUUUUUCUUAAUGGAGAUCCUAGAACAGGGGUUCCCAAACUUUAGGACUUCAACUCCCAGAAGCCCCAGUCCAAAAUAUUUGGAGGACCAAAGUUUGGGAAUCACUGUCCUAGGAGGUGCCUUAUAUUUUCAUUGAGGGACGCUGGCUAUUCUUCUGUUUUCGAAUUUGGGAACGAUGUUGAAGCGUUGGUUGUUUGUUGGUUCGGACAAAUGUGGCCAGUAGAGAAUUGUUGGAUUUUUGUCCCAAAAAACCCUAAAGUUUCCAAGCUGUUUUGAUGGGCCGGCCCCAGUCCUUGCUACCUCUCCAUCCUUGCACCUCCUAGCAAGGUUUGUCACUCGGAGUAAAACCAAAUUGACCCAAGUGGGCUUUGGGGGGGACCUCAAGAGAACUGGGGUGGGAAAUUACAUUGCCAAAGUUGGAACCGUUGGAUUUAAAAAUCCUGGGUGGAAAUAUACAUUGCCAAAGUUGGAAGGGAGAAAGUGGACCUUAGCAUCCUUUUGCUGUUCUUGAGCGCUAAGUCCAAAGAACUUUAGGAAAGCACUUGGAUUUAUUCUGGAGCCUGUAAAGCUGUCAUUCCCCAACUCUGAUCCUCCAAGCAUUUUGGACUUCAACUCCCAGAAGCCCCUGCUAGCUUGGUCAACUGUUGGGAGUUCUGGGAGCUGAAGUCCAAGACAUCUGGAGGACCCAAAGUUUUGAGCAUCACUGCAAAGGACGCUUUUCUAUGUCUGGUUGAAGAUUAUUUCUGGGAGAUGUUUGCAAACAGAGUCCGACUCUGUCCUUGUUUUCCGGCAUCUUUUCUGCUGGGUUGCGGAAGGAAACAACGAACGUUGUGACCUUUCAUCUUCCGAACCAAAAUUGGUCCCAUUCCCAUCUUCAGCCAAACAAAUUGCAAGAGGUUGUAUCUUAGCAGAUAUCCCAAUGUUGGUUCUCUCUUUGUUUGGGGGAAGUGCCUUUUGUAUUUCUUCUCCUUUUGUUGUGCUCCAGAAAUAACAACACUAUGCAACGUGUCUUUUGCUAGCCUCCGUUUUGGGAGCGUCUCUACGCUCCUCGCUGUAGUAGUCGGUUGCAAUUUUUCGGUUUGCAUUUUUACCGCAAUAAAAUUGCGCCUUGGAUUUGA